AUGCAGCGCCAACCUGGAGACCACCGGUUAAGCUACCUCUCGGAUCGAUACUCGUAUUACCCUAACGGUGCACAAGGCAGUCCAACCUCAAACGGCCAACCGGCUGGUGCGGCUACAGGCCAGCCUGCGGCCGCGCCGCCGGCAUACAGGUCACCCGGCGGUGCAGUCCGUCCCCCACCGCCGACUGGCCAGCCCGCCGCCCCUGGGUCGUACCACGGGUACAUGCCGCAGGCCUAUCAGUACCAGGGAUCUCAACCUGCUGCUCAACCUGCUGCACAGGGUUAUUCUGCUCGCACCGGCUAUGGAGGUUACAACCAGCAGGCCGCUCCUGUGAACUCUCAGCAACCGGCCGCCAUGUACGGCUACGGGAACGCAUAUGGCGGCCAGCCCGCGGCGGCGCAAAUGGGAUACGGGUAUGGCUACCCUGCUGGACAGCCGGCUGCCGCACAAAUGGGCUUCGGAUACGGCCAACCUGCUGCAGCGGACCCGAUGGCUGGCCCCUCGGCGAACGGUCAAGCGAACGAAGAGCGAAUCGUCAUGGCUCUGCAGAAUAUGUUCCCCACUGCUAGUGUUGCCACGUUGCGUACUGCUGUCAGGGUCCAUCGCACGUUCCAGGGCGCGGCUGAUUGGCUUCACUCUAUGAAGCGCCAGGGCAUGAUGGACACUGCAGGCACGACGAAGCGCGAGGUCGAGCGUACUGGUAUGUCGAUCCGCGAAAAGUUCGCCCGUCCACAGGUCCCGGUUAUGGGACCUGGUGUAGGAACGCCACCUCCGUCUUUCCAGCCCAAGAAAAAGCUGACCCGAAAGUUUGACGACGACUUCUCCGGCUCUGACGACUCAGACGGCGAAGAGGUCUACGACCAGCGCGGCCAGUACGAGUUCGAGCUGCGUGUCUUGCAGUUCUUGAAUACUGCUCCUCAAGAAUCUAUCAUUGAUGUCACGGGCUGUACCGAGGAUAUGGCCGACGUGCUUAUCAAAAAGCGUCCUUAUCAAACUCUUGCCCAGGCGUCCAAGGUUGAUGUCCCGAAUCCUAAUGCUCCUACCGAUGGCAAACGACGACGUGGUGCUGUCAAAAAGAGCGCUGGUUCCAAAAUCGUUGACGCCAGCUUGUCCACUUUGCGUGGUUAUGAGGCUGUUGAUUCGCUGAUUCAAGAAUGCGCCAAGCUCGGCAAAGAUGUCCAAAGAGGUAUUCGUGCGUGGGGCGUUGACAUCAAAGGCCAAAACGAGUCAGAGCUUGAGAUCACAGAUGUCGAGGGCGCCGGCGGGUUCUUCAAAGAAAAGCCCGCAUUGCUCGCCCCCGACGUUGAGCUCAAAAACUAUCAGCAGGUUGGUAUCAAUUGGCUGCAAUUGCUGUACCAGCGCGGACUCUCUUGUAUUUUAGCCGACGAAAUGGGUCUUGGUAAAACCUGUCAAGUCAUUUCUUUCUUGGCCCACAUUAAACAGAACGGUCAGCGGGGACCUCACUUGGUUGUGUGCCCUUCGUCUACUCUUGAAAAUUGGCUCCGGGAGCUCAACCGUUUCUGCCCUGCUUUAACAGUUGAGCCUUACUACGGUUCUCAGAGCGAGCGUAUGGAAAUUCGAGAAGCUAUUUUGUCGUCUGGUUCCAACUUUGAUGUUAUGGUUACUACCUAUAAUCUUGCCACUGGUGGCAAGCAGGACAUGGGUUUCCUCAAAUCGAUGAGGUUCAACGUUUGUGUAUACGAUGAGGGUCACCUUCUAAAGAAUUCGCAGUCCGAACGUUACAACAAACUUAUGAAGUUGCGUGCAAACUUCCGCGUUUUACUUACUGGCACGCCCUUGCAGAACAACUUGCGAGAGCUUGUUUCUCUGCUUUCUUUCAUUCUGCCCAACUUGUUUGAGCAGAACAAGGAAGAUCUCUUGGAGGUGUUCAAGUUCAAGGCCAAGACGUCCGCCGCUGACCAGAAAGAGGAAAAGACGAGCGAAACAACGCGGUCACAGUUGUUGAGUGAGCAGCGUAUCAUCAAAGCCAAAACGAUGAUGACGCCCUUUGUUCUUCGUCGCCGCAAAGACCAGGUUUUGCAGCACCUGCCGCCCAAGUCUCACGAGGUGGUCACCUGCGAGAUGACUGAGCGCCAGCGCCAGGUGUACAACGAGGAGCUUAAUCGCAAUAAAAAGAGCAUCAAGGAGGCUAAUGCCGAGGUAAAGGAAGGUGCCAAGGAGGAAAAGUCUUCUCGUAAGACAAGACAGGCCUCGAUCGCGCUCGAUAAUGUGUUGAUGCAAUUGCGUAAGGGAGCUCUGCACCCCUUAUUGUUCCGACGGUUAUACGACGAUAAAAAACUCAAGCUAAUGUCGAAGGAAAUCAUGAACGAGGAAGUGUAUAAAGAUGCCAAUCGGGAUUAUAUUUUCGAGGAUAUGCAGGUCAUGAAUGACUUUGAGCUGCACAACUUGUGCUUGAAAUUCCCCGUGACCAUUGGCCAGCAUCGUUUGCCUGAGGAAGAGUUUUUGGCUAGUGGUAAAGUCCAGAAGCUGCAGGAGCUGAUUGUGCCGAUGAAGAAGCGGGGCGACCGUUUACUGAUUUUCUCGCAGUUCACCCAGGUGCUGGAUAUUCUUGAACGUGUUUUGACCAAGAUGGAGUUCUCCUUUUUACGUAUGGACGGACAGACGCCGGUUGAAAUGCGCCAGGAUAUGAUUGACAAGUACUAUGCCGAGGAGGAUAUCACCGUGUUCCUGCUGUCGACUAAGGCAGGUGGUUUCGGUAUCAACUUGGCAUGUGCCAACGUUGUGAUUAUCUUUGACCUGAGUUUCAAUCCUCACGAUGACAAGCAGGCCGAAGACCGGGCCCACCGUGUUGGCCAGACCCGACCCGUCAAGGUUGUGCGCAUGGUCACCAAGGAUAGUAUCGAGGAGUCGAUCAUGCAACUUGCUAACACCAAGCUGGCUUUGGAUCGGCAUGUCAGUGAGGAAAACGACGAUGUUGAUCCGGAAAGCGAGAUACUGGUCGCUGAUCUUGUUCUGGAGAACGCUCCCCAGACUGCUGCGUCGUCCCGUCUGCAGACUCCCGCUCCCGGCUCGCCCUCGGACUCCGAGCUCGAUUCUUCGGGCGAAGUUUCUGAGGACGAAGACGAAGAUGCUCGCACUACGGUCAAAGCGGAAAAUGGUAACGCGUCCGCGGAAGAUGCGACGAAGUUUCUAGUUACGCUCAAAUAUAAAGCCUAG